GUGAGAGAUUUCCUGCGUUGGUUACUGGUUUCUUUUUCUUUAUGUGGUACUUUCUAAACGUGAUUUUCAACAUACUCAACAAGAAAGUUUACAAUUACUUCCCGUAUCCCUACUUUGUUUCUGUUGUGCAUCUCCUUGUUGGUGUGGGAUAUUGCCUUGUUUCCUGGUCUGUAGGCCUACCAAAACGUGCACCUAUUGACAAGGAGCUCUUGGCAUUAUUGACUCCAGUUGCAUUUUGUCAUGCCCUUGGUCAUGUCAUGUCCAAUGUAUCAUUUGCAGCCGUUGCUGUGUCUUUUACCCACACCAUAAAAGCUCUGGAGCCCUUCUUCAACGCUGCAGCUUCCCAGUUUGUCUUGGGCCAUCAGAUUCCAUUGUCUCUGUGGCUAUCCUUGGCCCCGGUUGUUAUUGGUGUGUCAAUGGCAUCACUCACUGAACUGUCCUUCAACUGGACUGGGUUCAUAAGUGCGAUGGUUUCAAAUAUAGCGUUCACUUACAGAAGUAUAUAUUCAAAGAAAGCUAUGACAGGAAUGGACAGCACAAACGUAUAUGCCUAUAUCUCUAUCAUUGCCCUCUUCUUUUGCAUUCCCCCAGCAAUCUUCAUUGAGGGUCCUCAACUUAUGGAAUAUGGUUUUAGAAAUGCUAUUGCAAAAGUAGGCCUCUUCAAGUUUUUGUCUGACCUGUUUUGGAUUGGAAUGUUUUACCAUCUAUACAAUCAGCUGGCUACUAAUACUUUGGAACGUGUUGCACCAUUGACACAUGCUGUUGGAAAUGUAUUGAAGCGAGUUUUUGUCAUCGGGUUCUCUAUAGUGGUUUUUGGCAACAAGAUAUCCACCCAAACUGGCAUCGGCACUGUGAUAGCAAUAGCAGGCGUUGCCAUCUAUUCUCUGAUCAAGGCAAACAUGGAAGAGCAAAAACGGAAGGCUGCUGCAGCUGUUUCAUCAUAAGGCUCGACCAUGUUACGUCAAUGCAAUGGCAGACGCAAGUCAUGUGAAUUGUAUUAUAUACGGAGGCGUAUCAAUAUUAUGCAUAGAACUAAUGCUUCAGACUAGCCAAGCUUUUGAUGUUGAAUAGUGCCAUGAAAAUAAAACCCCUUAAGAAGAACAUUGGAUUAUGGAGCAUAUCCAUUAAGAAAUAUGGGUUUGCAUUUUACUUCUUCGCUCUUUAUUCAAUAUGAUCCACCAAGCAAGGGGAGUCUAGCUGCAAAAUAUGACUGCCACUCACUAGCAUGUUUUUAGAUUAAACCAAUUCAUGUGCUAACUUAUCAACUCAUAAUUAACAUAAUUUGAUUUUACAAAGAUAGACCUCCUCUCAUUA